UAUAUAAUAUCUGUUGAUGCCCGAGUAAAAAGCGUUUACCCAAUUGUUAUUCACUAAAACACCUGACCAUAACAGUCCCAAGUGUUUAUUUAAAAAUAGUGUUAAUUAUUCCCUAAAGGUUAUGUGAGAUUGCAUCAAUAAUUACCGAAAAUCCUCGGAUAAAAGUUCGAAAGAGAUCUGCCCAACAGUAAAAAUGAGUGAUUUGAUAGACUUGAAUAGUCCAGAAGAGAAGAGACUGCGUCCAGAGCUGCCGUUGCCCUUGAUUCCUUCCCCAGAGAAUGAAUCCCCGAAGCCCUCAGGCCUCAACAUAUCAGACUCUCGACGAAGUCUUGACAACAACCCCUUCGACAUGGUCCUAAGGAAGACAUCAGAGUACGUUAGCAAAUCAUCAGAUCCAUUCGAGAUCGUCUUCGAGAGGGCAACGUCGAAGGAGCCUCCAGAGAGCGUUAAAAUCCCAAAGAGUCCAAAGGACUCUGUUCCGAGUCGAAGCGAGGGAAACCCAAGCGUCGAAAAGAAUGAAGUUCCAGCAAUUCUGGUGGAGCCACCGAGUCCAGGGAGAAACCUCUCAAUCCUGGACCAAUCAGCCAUGAACGACAGCUUGAGAACAUUCUCAGAUGGUCUCAGUAUGUCGAAGAAUUUUUCUGGACUAAUUGGAAGCUCUGGACCCCUGGACAAAUCCAUCCUCGACAACUCUGCGAUGAACGAUACCCUCUCUACCUCAGAGGGAAGCUCAGACGAUUGUUUCAUCAAAUCCCUGAUUGCUCAGAGAGUCUCCAUGUGCAUUAAGAAGGGAACUCUCGAUGCCGAACUCCUGGACAGCGAUAAAAGCUCGAAGAAUCCCAGGAUGAGACGGUCCUUCUCCCAGGGGGACAGACUCAGCCCCAGAAAAGUCAGAACCAAGAGGUCAACAUCAAUUAUCAAUGAUUACAACCAGUCUCAGAACUCUAUUCCCUCGAUUCUCUUCGAGGAUCCACUCAACCUGGCAUUCAUGUCUCGUGAGAGAGAUUACUCCAUUGUCAGUGAUUGCUCAGAGCUCUCGAACAUUACGAGACUCAACUCUGUUAAUUCUGGGAGUUUAUACUCAUGGAAAUCCACCAGUGACAGUGCCAACAGAGGAUUCAUUGACAGCAGUGGCAGCGACAGGAAGUCCCAGGGCUCUGAGUCCAAUUUCAGUGAUCUUAUUUCCAGGUUCAGGAAUUUGAGGAUGAAGUCUUCCGGUGAGCAGGUGGUCAAGGAGAUACCUGAAGGAAUCGGGGAAGAAGAUUCGGUUUUUUUGGAGGACGAGGGAGCCAGGAAAAAUUCUAUCUUCUCGCAGGCGAAUAUUUUGGCUAGGACCUUUGAGGAAUUGGCUGAGAAGUCCACUAGGGGAUCAAGCAGCAGCGGUGAGAACCUCCUCAGCACUCGUCUUCCUAGUAAUUUCGAAUUCUCCCCGGAGCCCACGACUAGAAAUUCCACUGUCAGCGACAGCUCCGCCUCCGCCAAGGACAACUCAGGCUCAAAAACUACCUCAAAUAUUUCCUUCAAUGCUUCCAAGACACCACCAGACACUUCCAAGAAAGAAGCUGCAGUGAAUCUACUCCGAGACCUUGAGAAUGUGAUAAAAACCGAAGAGAAUCCAGAGGUUAUGAAACUCCUGAAGGACCUGGAGGAAGCUCUCGGUGCCAAGUCUCAAAAUAAUUCAGAGUCAUCAAAUAAACCCCAUCAACUGUCCACAAACGAAAGCACAUCACCAUCAAAAAUCCCCAUCAGUUCGUGCACAAGCUCCAAAAUCCCAUCAUCAAGAGUAAUAAAAUCCCCAGAGAAAAAUCCUGACCUUCCUCAAAACUCUCCAGGAAAUUCCCCUAAUACUCUGGAGAAAAUUGAAAAACAAGAAAAUCCCCAUCAAAAUCUUGAAAAUGAACAAAUGAACGAGACCCCAGGUGGAGGAGUUUCUCUGGAGGAUUCAGGGGAUACGAACAAAACCCACUCAACAAAUCAAGAAUCAGAAAAGAGCACAGAGGAUAACACAUCCACGAUCUCGAAUCCUUCCCUGGAAGAUCCCGAUAACGUAAAUGUCAACUUCUCGAUAAGCAAAUCGACCUCGAAGCAGAUCCCCUCAGGACGCGAAUCCACCCAAGACAAUUUCGUCACUCAGAAACUGAUCCUAGACAUUCAACUAGCCCUGGGGAAGCUGCUGGAGGGCUGCAAGGAGGAGCCAGCCCUCGUCCUGGAGAAUUUGAACAAAGUACUCACCCCAAAUCACUCAGAGAAAGCCCACAACUCCCCCAGAAAAUCAGGUCUUCCCAAUCGUUCCCUGAAGUCCUCAGGUCAUUAUAUUUCCGAGCAGAAAAUAUUCCAAAAGACUUCGAAGCCAUUCCCCUUGAGACGUCGUUCCUCGAUCUCCCAGAAGCAGGAAAAAUCCAGGAACUCAGAGCUAAAAGAUCCAGAUAGCCCCAAAAAAUUCGCGAAGAGAAGAAACAGCAGUGAUCCUGGUAUUGAGGUUGCUGUUGAGAAAAAACGGAUCGAUCACUCCCUGAAUUUGAAAAUAAAGUCAACUCUUCCAGUGGGGGAUAAAGCGAAAUUGAAGAAGAAAAAUGAUGUGGAGAAAAAGAGGGGGCCAAUGAAGGCCCUGGUACCCCUGGGAAGUAUGCAACGUCCUGGAGUUGCUGCACCUCCUGGAACUCCACCCAAGAAGCAAAAAGUCCCGUCUCCAUUAAAAAUUGCAACGAGCACUCCUGACCCCAGCCCAAUCGUCCUCGGGAAGAAGACAACGAAGGCCAAACCAGUGGCUUCUUCCACUCCAGACGUGGGAAGCAAGGACAGAAGCAGCAGGAGUCAGAUACCCCAGAGCCCCAAGAAAAUUAUGUCCUGGAAUAUAUCGCCAGUGACUCCGAAUGCCAAGGGAAAUACUAGUAACAUGUUCACGGAGACUGGCACCCCUCAGACACCCAGGACAAUCGAAAAGAGUGGAAAGAGUCGAUCUCCUGUCAGUGCUGGACUCAGAGUCAAGAACAAAAUCAUACAUGGGAGGAGGUCUGUACCCGCUCAGGGAUCACCUAGGGCUGAAGGAAGACCAAGGGCUCCUCCUAGUCCUCUCAAGGAGAACAAUGUGAUAAAGGUCAAGCCAUUGAACUUAAAUUCCAAGUUUAGACGUCGAAGUGAGAGUCUAGGGAACAUAGAGAAGGAAAAUAAAUUUCUAACUCAUAAAGCCUGAGGGAAAUAUUCACAGCUUUGUCAAUCUCUCCGUGGAAUUGAAUUUACGAGUAUUAUUGAUUUUUUUACUGGUCUUUCAUGAAUUUUUUUGUAUUGCUAAUAAAUUGUCA